AUGGAGAACGGCUUCAACAUCUGGACCUUCAACGGCCGCCUCCUCUACCACACCCCGCGCGACCGGUUCUUCCAGUUCUGCUGGCGGCCGCGCAUGCCCAGCCUGCUGCCGCCCGACAAGGAGGCGGAGAUCACCAAGAACCUCAAGGCCUACAGCAAGAGGUACGACGAGGAGGACGAGGCCCUCCUCAUGCAGGCCGACGCGGACGUGCUGCAGGAGCGCCAGCGCGCCUCAGACGAGUGGCGCGCCUGGGCCGAGGCCCGCGCGGCCUACGCCGCCGCGCAGGCCGCGUUCCGGCGGGAGGUGUGCGGGGCGGCGGCGGAGGAGCCCGAGUUUGUGGUCAAGAGCGUCACGGUGGAGCAGAUCAUGGACGUGCGGGAGGAGCCCUACAACGCCAGCCACUGA